AAUAAAUCUACCUUGCCAAUAGGCCCCGACCAAAGAUUGGAGAGUAAUGAUCCUGAUUCCGCGACGAAUACAAUUAACAUCUCAAACAAAACUAUUAGUGAACUACAAAAGCUUAACUUAGCUCGCUUGAGUCUUGCUGAUUUGGAAGCCAUAAGGCAUGCUAUUGCGACACUGCAACCAAAACUCGAUUGUUUGCAAAUCCCCUGCAACGAUGAUAUAUCGAGCGAUUCGUGUGUUAUUGUCAAUUCAAAGGAAAUCUGUCAUAAAUCUAUUCAGACCACUGGGUGUAGUGAGAGUAAUCGGGAAAAACCACGUUUGGAGGAACCUAACGACCCUUUAUUACAUAACUUUUGUAUUAAUACCAACAUAAUUGAGUCUCUUAAUAAAGUCAACCAGAACAAUGGGCCCAAUGAAGCUAACCAGCAAAAUAAUAGUCCUUUGUCUGGAGAAUGUAAUGAUAAUAGCUUGCAAUUACUGCAUAACCCAAAAGAGAUUAAUUGCCAAAUCAAUCAGAAUAAUGUGUGCAAUGAGGCCAAUCACACUCAUCACUCAGCGACAAAACACCAAGGUAUUGGUGGAUUACCCUUGAUCGAAAACCACACGAUACAAAUCAAUCAGAAUAAUGUGUGCAAUGAGGCCAAUCGGGUUAACCCCAGCUCAAUUAUUCAAGAGAAUUUAGACGAUUGCACUAUAAUUUCUGUAACUUCAAGAUCUCAAAACUUUCACACUCAACACUCAGCGACAAAACACCAAGGUAUUGGUGGACUACCCCUGAUCGAAAACCACACGACACAAAUUCAAAUUGACAGAAAUAAUCAAGGUCAAAGUUCUUCACUUAACGAUAUCGGAAAAAAGGCACGAUCCAUCUUCAAACCUAGCCCACUACGAUGGCAUCUACGUAACCCACAACAGCACGAAAAUUAUUUUCGGAAGGGCUUUCGUGUCAGACCCCCCAAGAACUAG